AUGGCUGAUCAGGGGGUCUUUGGCACCGGAGCGGUUUGCAGAGAUGAGGAGGGGGCCUGCGUUGGUGUACUGGCAGCACCAGGGAUUGGUUACUUGAGCCUGCAAACUUGUGAGUUUUUAGCCUUAAUAAAUGGGUUGCAUUUUUGUCUUCAAGCGGGGUUUUCACAUUUGGAGAUUGAAGGUGAUGCUCAGAACAUUUUUACAGCUCUUAACUCUCCACAGGAGGAUUUCAGCCCGGAUGGAGCAUUAGUAGAGGAAGUCAAGAUUCUAUUGAGUCAUUUUCAGUCUUGUAGUUGGGGUUAUAUCCCUAGAGAGGAUAAUAAGGCUGCUCAUUGUGUGGCCAGAGCUGGUCUAUCUAUGUUGUUCCCUACUUAUUGGUGGAGAAUGACACCAGAUUGGCUAAAUCCAAUUCUAGUCGACGAUCUAAUUCAUUGA